AUGUACGAGAGGAUAUACUUUCUUCGGUUGAAAAAAUGCCCGGGCACGGCGUGGCGGGUGGUGGGGCAGGUGACGGGGCGCGCGGUUCGGCUGGACACGAUCGUGUGGCCGGGCGGCGAGCUGGUGGGCGCGGCGGCCGCGGGCCGGUCGCGCUCCGUCUUCCGCAUCGUCACGGCGCUGGCGCCGCCCUUCGUCAUGGAGGGCGAGCUGGACGAGGACGGGCAGUGCCUGCGCGGCCUGCCCUGCCACCGCGUGCCCGCCACCGGCAAGGACAACCUCACGCUCGUCUUCAACGACAUGGACGACGACGACGAGAACGGGCAACGCGACGCUCCCCAUAACAGCGAGGAACUGCGCUACCGUACUAGCUGCUGCUACGGCCUGGCGAUGGACCUGCUGGAGAACGUGGCGCAGGAGUUGGAGUUCGACUUCCACCUGUACCUGGUGGCGGACGGCAUGUUCGGGACUCGCUACUCGUCGGCGGCCGGCGAAUCCGAGUGGAAUGGCGUCAUGGGCGAGCUCGUCUCCGGAGCUGCGCACAUGUCUUUCGCCGCCCUCAGCGUCUCCAGCGCGCGCUCUCAGGUGAUCGAUUUCUCGGUGCCGUACUUCUUCAGCGGCGUGUCUUUCCUCGCGGCGCCGGCCGAGCGCAACGACGUGCCGCUGCUCGCCUUCCUGCUGCCUUUCAGCCCCGAGCUGUGGAUCGCCAUCUUCACGUCGCUCAACAUCACCGCUAUGGCCGUCGCUGUCUACGAGUGGCUGAGUCCGUUUGGCCUCAACCCCUGGGGCCGCCAGCGCAGCAAGAACUUCAGCAUCGCGUCUGCGCUCUGGGUGAUGUGGGGACUGUUGUGUGGACACCUGGUCGCCUUCAAGGCGCCCAAGUCGUGGCCCAACAAGUUCCUCAUUAAUGUGUGGGGUGGAUUCUCCGUCAUCUUUGUCGCCAGCUACACAGCCAACAUCGCCGCACUCAUCGCCGGCCUCUUCUUCCAGAACGCCGUCAGCAACUACCACGACAGAAGUUUGCUGAGCCAACGCGUGGGAGCCCCGCGGGCGUCGGCUGCCGAGUACUACGUGCAGAAGGCCAACCAGCUACUGUGGCAGCACAUGCAGCGCUUCUCCGUGCGGGACGUCCAGGAGGGCAUAGCGCAGCUCAAAAAUGGCUCUCUGGAUAUCCUGAUAGCGGACACGCCUAUCCUCGACUACUAUCGCGCCACGGACCAUGGAUGCAAACUCCAGAAGAUCGGCGACGCCAUUAAUGAAGAUACGUACGCUGUUGGCAUGACGAAGGGUUUCCCGCUGAAGGACAGCAUAUCGGCGGUGAUCUCAAAGUAUUCAAACAACGGCUACAUGGACAUCCUGCAGGAGAAGUGGUACGGAGCAUUGCCCUGUUUCAAGCUAGCCACCGAUAUGGCGCAGCCUCGGCCGCUGGGUGUCGCUGCCGUCGCAGGUGUGUUCAUCCUGCUGGGCGUGGGCAUGGCGCUGGGGCUGGUGAUCCUGCUGGUGGAGCACCUGUUCUACCGCUACACGCUGCCGAUCCUCCGACACAAGCCCAAGGGCACCAUCUGGCGCAGCCGCAACAUCAUGUUCUUCAGCCAGAAGCUGUACCGGUUCAUCAACUGCGUGGAACUGGUGUCUCCCCAUCAUGCGGCCCGCGAGUUGGUACACACGCUGCGACAAGGACAGAUCACCAGCCUCUUCCAGAAGAGCGUUAAAAGGAAGGAACACGAGCAACGCCGACGCCGAAAGAGCAAAGCCCAGUUCUUCGAGAUGAUCCAGGAGAUACGCAGAGUGCAGCAGGAGAAACGCGACGACAACGGCGAGGCGGCGGCGGCGGCGGCGUCUGGGGCGGCAGGGACGUCCGCGCCCCAAAACCCCCCGGCGGCGCGCCGCUACAGCACCGACAUGGUGCUCGCCUCCGCCGCCGUCGGCCGCCGCCUCAGCAAAGACUGGGAACACAGCCCCCCGGACAUCAACUCCCGUCGCGCCAGCAAUCUCGACGUGCGCCCCACCAGGCCAGCGACACUGGAACACCUGCGGACGAGCCCGGUGCGCGAGACGGCGAGCGCCAGCAACCUGAGCGGGCCGCUGCGGCCGCGGCCGUACAGCGCGAGCGCGACGUGGGCGCGCGAGAACCCGCACGUGGGCGCGCGCCUCGGCUCCAGCGGCAGCCUGCAGCGCCAGCCGCGGCCGCGCCGCCGCACGCGCUCCGACGCCGAACCCUCAGACCGACCUCGGCCGUCGCGCCGGAAGCCCGAAUACGAGUCCAUCAUCGAGGUGAACGUGACGUGCUGCGACCCGCCGGCCGACGACAGCGGCGGCGCUGGCGGCAGCGCGGCGCCGGCGGCCGGCGGCUCGCAGCAGCGCAGCGGGCUGUCGGUGAGCCGCACGGCGCUGCUGUCGCCGCUCAGCCUGCGAGAGGCGGCCAGCCCGUCGCGCCGUCGCCACCGCAGCAACCCCGUGGCCGGCGCCGGGCCCGCCGAUUCCUCUUUCGAGCUGUCCACGUCCUCCGUCUCACUCAGCCCGCUGCAGCAAGAGCUCGACGAAGAGGUAUUUGAGAACAUCCCACCACCUCCACCACCACCCAAUUGCAACACUCACAAUUCAUCCUCUGGAGCAUCAAGCCCACUGGAACGACUGGAGAGAGAGGAACUAGUUAUGUUGUGGUGUAGUUCAGAAUCAGAGCUCCGUAGCCAAUUACUGCGAGCCAUUCAGGCCAAGGAGCCCCCGUGA